CAACGAGUUAUCUGUCAUGUCACCCACCUUGGAAUUUCCCCGCUUUCGAAUCAUCUGUUCCUGAGAGAAGCAGAUGGGCCGUAUUCCUGAAUGUCCCUCAUCUGUCUUCCAGUGCCAUCUUCAGGCCUGCAUACCCAUUAUCCCCUGCGUCGUUCAAUUAAUUUCUUUUACAAUAUUGGCGUCAAGCACACGCAAUGGGAGUGAGAGAAGCACAAUCAUCACUUGAAGUGAUCUUUGGUCACCAACUUAGUACAGCCGAUACGGCACUAACGCGUCAAUGUCUAGAGCUUUUGCGCCAGAAUUUAGGUGUUGAAUUUAUCGAGGUCACUCGAGAAGAUGCAGACAAAGCCUCUGGCGAGGGACAUGGAUUCGUCAAUCUUUCAACAACCUCGCACCCUUUGCAAGCCAUACAGACGAUUGCCAAUGCUCUAUCCGAAAUUGGGAGAACCAGGGAGUCAGAAGUCCUAGAUCAUGUUCUCUAUUUGUGCUCUGAGGAUCAUGAACUUGGUGGUCUUUCCCUCUCAUCUGACCGACAACUAUCGGAUGCGGACUACGAGAAAGUCAUCUUUCUCGUAGACUCAUGGUUGCAGGCGACAACUCAUGAAACGGCACUACAGCCAUCAAACGCUGGAUUGUCAAAAGCCCAAGAAGGGCGUCGCCCUAUGACACUCUCGGAGAAGAUAUUUACAGAGCACAUGCUACCGGGUAAAUUCUCCAAGGGUGUAAAAGCUGGUGAUGUGAUUCGAGUAUCGGUAGACUGGAUCCUCGGGUCUGAAGUCUCAUGGAAGGGCAUGGUGAAGACCAUCGACCAAGUUGGUGCUAAACAGAUAUGGCGUAAUGAUCGCUUUUGGCUGGUGGGAGAUCAUAUCGUUGAUCCGCGAAACAAGCAUCUUCCCAAUGUCAAGGCCUUGGUUGACAAGUCUGAAAAAGCUCAGAAAGACUACAAAUUGACCGAAUAUCAAGGUCAAAAUUACACAAUUCUGCAUACCGAGUUUGUCCGGGAGAGAGCCCAGCCUGGAAUGCUGGCAAUUGGCUCUGAUUCGCAUACAUGCUCUGCUGGAGCGGUUGGAUGCAUGGGAAUCGGCCUGGGUGCUGCGGAUGUAGCAAUGUCUCUCCUUACCGGCGUUUCAUGGUUUAGAGUCCCAGAGUCCAUCAGGAUUCAUGUGACGGGCGAGCCAGCCUUUGGUAUAGGAGGAAAGGAUGUCAUUCUCCAUAUAAUUGGAGAGCUCAAAAGGAACACUGUUGCUGCAGAUAGGAUCGUGGAGUUUGGUGGUCCCGGUACUAAAUAUCUUUCUUGCGAUGACCGGUUUGCUAUUUGCAACAUGUGCACGGAGUUUGGAGCUAUCACUGGACUUUUCGUGCCGGAUACAGUUGUCCAGGGAUAUAUUGAUCGUCGAAAAAGAAAACUUCACAAGACCGAAUCACUCUACUUCCGUCCUGAUGAUAACGCUGUCUAUGCGGAUAGCUUUGAAAUUGAUCUCAAUAAGGUCCAGUCCUACAUCGCACUCUAUCCUUCCCCAGAUAACGUCGUUCCUGUACGGGAGUGUGACCCUAUAGCCUUUGACGGCGUGUUCAUCGGAGCCUGCACCACCACCGAGGAAGACCUGAUAUUGGGAGCCCUUGUCCUUCAAGUAGGACUCCAUGAGAAUAUACCUCUGAAACGAGGCAAGCGACAUGUGGUGUUUGGUUCUCUUCCCAUCACCAAAAGGCUCCGUGAACUCGGUAUUGUGGAUAUAUAUAAACAAGCAGGGUUCGAACAAUCCGCACCAGGGUGUAGUUUCUGUGUUGGAAUGGGAGCAGACCAGGCAGGCGCCGGUGAGACAUGGCUUUCAUCGCAAAACCGUAACUUUAAGAAUCGGAUGGGAAGAGGCUCUUUCGGGAAUAUCAGUUCCGCAGCUGUUGUUGCAGCAUCGAGCUUUACCAUGUCCCUUGUGGAUCCUGGGCCUUCCCUGGAGAAGGUGGAUAGAAAGUUAUACGGAAUGCUUUUUCGAAAGUCCACGUCUCAACAACCAGACGGAUUGGAAACAAUUAUAUAUACUGAGCCGCAGAUAUCAGCACGCUCAACCAGCACAACCCAAGCUGGCGACAAUCUAUUAAACAUGAAAACUAACGAGUCAGAUCAAGAAACCGACUGGAUUAUAUCAAGCAAAGUUCAAACCUUGGGUGAUUUCAUCGAUACCGAUGCGCUUGCACCCUCGCAAUACUUCAUGAACUACGAAACAGACGAAGAUAUAGCCCAACACUGUCUUGAGCACACACAUCCCGAAUUCCGGGACGCUGUUAGAUCCGGCCGGAAAGUGGUCGUGGUGGGCGAGGCUUUUGGCUGCGGGUCAUCUAGAGAAGGGGCACCUCGAGCUCUAAUGGGUCUUGGUGUUCAAUGUGUGAUUGCAAAGUCAUUUGCAUUCAUCUAUGGUCGAAACCAGCCGACACUGGGCCUGCUGGGGAUUACGAUGCGGGAUCCUUCCUUUUACGAGGCGGCCAGUGAUGGGGCCGAUAUCAAAAUCGAUGUCCACAAACGGGAGAUCUGCAUUGGACAGCAGAAGUGGAGGUUUGACCUCGAUGGCUUGGAGAUAAAGAUGCUGCAGAAUAAAGGUCUAGCUGAAGCGUACAAACGGUUUGGAAAGAAUGUAUAUGACAGUUUGUGCGAUGAGGAUACGGGACCUGUAAAGAAUGUGGAUGUGGAACCAGAGCAUGUUGACAAGUCAUUGGAGUGGUGAUAGGACUUCUACUGAUUUACUAGGAAUGCCUUUUUUAUUUUUAUGUGAUUAUAUUCAAAU